AUGGCGCCCCAAUUGGAGCCUUUUUUCAAGCAGGUCGAUGACCUCUCGGAGUCAUUCAUUGACCGACUCCGAAAAGCUGUUGCUAUCCCCUCUAUCUCUGCUGCCGAUGAGCACCGCCCAGAUGUCUUCAAGAUGGGACAAUUCCUUGCAACUGAACUGGAAAACCUUGGUGCCGAAGUCCACCAACGCCCACUUGGCAGGCAGCCUGGCAAAGAGCACCUUGAUUUGCCCCCUGUAGUUAUUGCUCGAUACGGAAAUGAUCCCAACAAGCGAACAAUCCUAGUUUACGGGCACUACGACGUUCAACCGGCGCUGAAAGAAGAUGGCUGGGCAACCGAGCCUUUCGAGUUGACAAUCGACGAGAAGGACAGAAUGUACGGACGAGGUAGCACAGACGACAAGGGACCUGUUCUCGGAUGGUUGAACGUCAUUGAAGCGCACAAGAAGGCUGGAAUUGAGUUCCCCGUCAACCUGCUCUGUUGUUUCGAGGGUAUGGAAGAGUACGGCUCUGAGGGUUUGGAUGAUUUCAUCGAAGCCGAAGCCAAGGCUUUCUUCAAGGACACUGAUGCAGUCUGCAUUUCCGACAACUACUGGUUGGGAACUGAGAAGCCAUGUCUCACAUAUGGACUCCGAGGCUGCAACUACUAUGCCGUUACUAUUUCUGGUCCUGGCCAGGAUCUGCACAGUGGAGUGUUCGGUGGCUCUGCUCAUGAACCCAUGACCGAUCUUGUCACAGUCUUCUCAAAACUCGUCGACUCACAGGGCAGCAUUCAGAUCCCUGGUUUGAUGGACCUCGUCGCACCCGUCACUGCCGAGGAGGAAAAACUGUACCCUAACAUCAGUUACUCCAUGGAUGAUCUUCACGAAUCCCUAGGCAGCAAGACUAGCAUCCAUGCUACCAAGGAAAGGACUCUUAUGGCCAGAUGGCGCUACCCGUCUCUCUCUAUCCACGGUAUCGAGGGUGCCUUCUCUGCCCCUGGUGCCAAGACCGUCAUCCCAGCCAAGGUCAUUGGAAAAUUCUCCAUUAGAACCGUUCCCAACAUGGAAAGCGAGGAUGUGACACGUCUAGUGAAGGAUUACAUCAACAGCGAGUUUGCCAAGCUCGGAAGCAAAAACACAUUGGAUGUGUCGUUGAUGCACGAUGGUAAAUGGUGGGUGGCUAGCCCCAAGCACUGGAACUUUACCGCUGCUAGCAAGGCUGUUCAACAAGUCUUUGGCGUAGAGCCAGAUAUGACCCGUGAGGGUGGCAGUAUCCCCGUCACAUUGACAUUCGAACAAGCCACGGGAAAGAACGUUCUUUUGCUGCCAAUGGGAAGCUCUACCGAUGCCGCUCAUUCCAUCAACGAGAAACUCGACAAGUCAAACUACAUCCAAGGCACCAAGUUGCUUGGUGCUUAUCUGCACUACGUGGCAGAGGAGCCUGUCAAUGCUUAA